AUGAGCCUUCAAGGAAAAAUCGCCAUCGUCACCGGCGCCUCGCGCGGCAUCGGCGCCGGGAUCGCCCUUGAUCUGGCAAAGCAGGGUGCAAAGCUCACCCUAACCUACACCUCCGCAAGCAGCGCGAACGCGAUCGACGCUGUAUGCAGCCAAAUCCAAGCCCUCAACAACGGCUCCGCAGCAAUCAAAGUCCAAGCCGACCUCAGGCACCCAGACGCCCCAGGCCAAAUCCUCGCUGCCACGUUCAAGGCGUUCCAAACCGCAGACAAACACACCAAAAUUGACAUCCUAGUCAACAACGCCGGCGUGUCCCUAUGCAAGAACCUCGUCGAAACCAGCCAAGAGGAUAUCUCCUCCGUCUUCGACAUCAACGUCUACGGCCUGAUCAACAUGACCAGAGCGGUGAUCCCACAUCUCCACAACCCAGGCCGAAUCAUCAACCUCAGCUCCGUAGCUGCUCGGCGCGGAUCCCCCGGUUUCUCGGUGUACUCUGCCUCCAAGGCAGCAGUGGAGGGAUUCACGAGGUCGUUGGCGUGUGAGCUCGGUCCUGUGGGGUGCACGGUUAAUGCUGUCCAGCCUGGGGCGGUAGAGUCUGAUAUGCUGCGGCAGGAGGUGCCGAGCGCGGUGGUGGCCUAUAUCCAGGAGAAUACGCCGUUAGGCAAUCGCAUUGCUAUCCCAGAAGAUAUAGCGAGGGUUGUGACGUUCCUAGCGGGGGAGGGGGCGGGUUGGGUGACGGGGCAGAGUAUUUGUGUUAGUGGGGGGUUGCAUAUGAAUUAA